AAAAACAAGAAAAAUAGAAAUAAUAGGAUAUCAAAGACAAGCAAAAUCCAGCGUUUCGAGUGAGUUGUAGAAACAGAGCAUACGUGUCUGCUGAACUUGGAAAAGCAUAUAUGUAUAUAUAUCAUAUAGAAACAAUGAUCGGCUCACAACACCAUCGUCUCCGUCUCUCUCUCUCUGAACUAACUCUUAAUCUCUGUUCAUGGGUUUAUCUCUCCGUAUUUCUAGGGUUUGGUUCUUCUCAUGAUUCAAGGCUUCACUAAUCAGAACAGCCAAGAACUGGUGCUCGGGCGGUGAUAAAUUUUGAAUUUUGAUGAUCGCCUCAUCAGUCAAUCGAUUUCUGUACCACCCCAUACACCCUUGUUCGGUGUCUAGGGUUAGGGUUUGGUCCCGUUCUCUUGUAUUCAGUUCUUUGCUCAUAAUAUCAAUAUUCAAUUCUAGGGUUGUUCUUGUUUCUUUAUUAUUGCUUUCCGUUUUUGUGGUGUUCAGACUUUAGUGGAAUUUUUUUUUCAACCAAGACUGUAUAAUUAGCGAUUAUUUUGAUGUUAUCUUCAAUUUCUUUGGCUAUGAUUUGAUUUUAGAGAGGGAAAAUCUGUAAAAUAUUGUUAGUGAAUUUUGCAAAGCAGACCCAUAUCAAAAGCAUCAUUAUCAUUUUUAUUGGUAUUGUUAGAAAAAAUUUAUUGGUACUUGAAUAAAUGUCGAACCUUGGGUUGAACAAUCGGAAUAAUAGCGGCCAGAGAUUAGGCAUCACAGAACCUAUUUCACUGGGUGGACCAAAUGAGUUGGAUGUGACCAAGACUCAAGAGCUCGAAAAGUUUUUGGCAGCUGCUGGGUUGUAUGAAAGUCAAGAAGAAGCUGUGAGCAGGGAGGAAGUGCUUGGGAGAUUAGACCAGAUCGUCAAGAUUUGGGUGAAAGCCAUUAGUCGCGCCAAGGGAUUGAAUGAACAACUGGUGCAAGAAGCAAAUGCUAAGAUUUUCACCUUUGGGUCUUAUCGGCUGGGGGUGCAUGGCCCUGGUGCGGAUAUAGAUACGCUUUGUGUUGGACCUAGACAUGCAACCCGAGAAGAAGAUUUUUUUGGUGAGCUGCAUAAAAUGCUCUCAGAGAUGCCUGAAGUAACGGAGUUGCACCCUGUGCCUGAUGCACAUGUUCCAGUGAUGAGAUUCAAGUUCAGUGGUGUUUCUAUCGACCUUCUUUACGCAAAACUAUCACUUUGGGUCAUUCCUGAAGACUUGGAUGUUUCACAAGACUCCAUAUUGCAGAAUGCUGAUGAGCAAACAGUUCGUAGUCUCAAUGGUUGUAGAGUUACUGACCAAAUCCUGCGUUUGGUACCAAAUAUUCAGAAUUUUCGAACAACAUUGAGAUUCAUGAGAUUUUGGGCAAAGCGGCGUGGUGUUUAUUCAAAUGUUGCAGGGUUUCUUGGCGGUAUAAACUGGGCAUUGCUUGUUGCUCGCAUAUGCCAGCUAUAUCCCAAUGCAUUGCCCAGUAUGCUAGUCUCUCGGUUCUUCAGGGUCUAUACUCAAUGGCGUUGGCCAAAUCCUGUCAUGCUGUGUGCUAUUGAAGAAGGAACACUUGGACUUCAAGUUUGGGAUCCUAGAAAAUAUCCAAAGGACAGGUUCCAUUUGAUGCCUAUAAUUACCCCAGCUUAUCCCUGCAUGAAUUCUAGUUACAAUGUGUCAUCAAGUACUUUGCGGAUUAUGUCAGAAGAAUUUAAGAGGGGAAAUGAAAUUUCUGAGGUUAUGGAGGCAAACAAGGCUGAUUGGGCUACCCUUUGUGAGCCUUAUCCUUUCUUUGAAGCUUACAAGAAUUAUCUACAGAUAGAAAUUGCCGCAGAAAAUGCAGAUGACUUAAGGAAAUGGAAAGGCUGGGUUGAGUCUCGCCUCCGUCAGCUAACUCUGAAGAUUGAGAGGCACACUUAUAACAUGCUUCAAUGCCAUCCACACCCGGGUGAUUUCUCAGACAAAUCUAGACCUUUUCAUUGUUGUUAUUUCAUGGGCCUGCAAAGAAAGCAGGGAGUUCCCGCAAGCGAAGGGGAGCAAUUUGACAUAAGGUUGACUGUUGAUGAAUUUAAGCAUUCUGUUGGCAUGUACACAUUGUGGAAACCUGGAAUGGAGAUUCAUGUAAUCCAUGUAAGACGCAGGAACAUACCCAAUUUUGUGUUUCCUGGUGGGGUUCGACCUUCUCGCCCUACUAAAGUAGCCAGUGAGAGGAGGCGGGUUUUAGAACCUAAUGUCUCUACCCAAGCAGUUCUAGAGGGAGCAGAAGAUAGCAAGAAAAGAAAGCGAGAGGAUGAAAAUGUAGAGACUAACUCAAGAAAUGCCAAAUGUUUGGUUGCUGCAGCUUCCUCCAGUCAUGAAGUUCUUUCGAGUAACCCUCUUGUCAGUACUGUCAAUGCCUGUUCAAUAAAAGUUGACAGUAUGGAUAUAAAUAUGUUGGGAAAGACAAGGAAAGAAAAAGUUGAAAAUAAUAUAGAGCAUGGCUUGAAGAAUUUGAAUAAUUCAGUUGAGGUUCCUCCUCAGAAUGGUGAAGUUGAUGGAUCUGUGAGAUGCUCUCACCCUAUUAAAACUUUAUCUUCUUCCGGGGGUUCACCAAGCUCUACAGAAGCAGAGAAAAUUGCGAUUGAGAAGAUCAUGUCUGGUCCAUAUGUUUCUCAUCAAGCUUUCCCAGGGGAACUUGAUGAGCUUGAAGAUGAUGUUGAAUAUAAAAAUCAAGUCAAAGAUUUCACAGGGAGCACAAAAGGCAGCUCUGCAGAAUCUUCAAAAGCAAAUGUAGCAGAGGAGCCUCUAACAACUACCAGUGGAACUGUUCCUUGCACCAUUUUAAGCCCAAAUGGGGGCUUGGAGGAGCUUGAGCCUGCUGAACUCAUGCCACCAUUGUCAUACGGGAACCGGCCCUCAUCGACAGAGCAGAAGAAGCCAAUUAUAAGGUUGAGCUUCACUUCCCUAGCUAAAGCUACAGGCAAAAGCACCUGAGGGGGAUAUCUGGCACCAGAUAAAGCGAAGCCAGUGGAAGAGAAAUGAUCAAAUCCUUCAAAUCUCAUUUAUAUAUAUAAAAUAAGAACUGAAUUUUCCCCAUCUUUUUUGUUUUUUUGAUAUCCAUAAAUCUUGAGUAAGCAAAGCCCCCUUUUCCGAAUCCGGGUUCAAGAAAAUGUGGAUUACUUGCAGGAGAAUUACUGAUUUUUAUAGCUGCUUCUGCAUCCUAAUAUUAUUCUGGGUACUUCCACUUC